CUUCGCUUCGCCGCCAACACCGGUCGUUUGCUCAAAUCGGCCCCCCUGUAUUGAAUUGACGAGGAAAUCUCCUGUAAUGGAAACGAGUCGAGAUCCAAUAAGACGUCCGGAGUUCUGCUAAGUUGAGUUAGUAAAUACAAAUUUAUUUUUAUUUUUGUUUAGGUCCGCAUGCCAGUUGUGUUUGUCGUGUUACCCUGCUUUGGCAACGGAACAUUGAGAUUCUACCACCGAACGCCCUCUUAUAACUCGUAUAUAUCAUGGCCUCUUCAUUUACGCCACUCAUAUCAUCCCCUUCCUUUCUUCGUCCUCUUUCCUUCAUCCCUGAACGACCACUACUCUCAACUUCCCUCCGUGCUUUGGUCGAGGUGUCUGUAUGUCAUGGAGGGUUUAUCGGAAAAGAUUCAACCGAUGCACGAUGUUCCUGGCUCCCCAACGCCAUCACCAAAGAUGCCAAUGAAGACCACUUCGGAGCCUAAACUAGAACGAGAAUCGCCUCCACCUCCUUCCAAGGUCACCCCAAAGUCAACGAUGUCAGCGCAGAGCGAGAACUUCAAUCCACGGAAACGUAAAUCUCAUCCCGACGAAAGCGGGGAACAGAGCCAGCAACAGCAACAUUCGGUCCAGAUCACUGAAGAUGACGCCGAUAUGGAAGGUGAUGUAGAUGCCGAAGGUGACGAGGUUAAUGAUGGUGACGGUGUGGACGUUGUCGAGAAGGCUGCAAGUGGAUCGCCAUCACCCCCGUCGCUGCCUCGAAUCGACUUUCGGCUCCCUUCGGUCUCUGUGAAGAUCAAGAGGUGUUCUUCACCUUCCGGAGGGGAUGAUGUUCCCCCUGGCUCCGUGUCGGAAUACGAGAGUGGUUGUAUCAAGUGCCAUGCUUGCGGGACGGAUGUUCCGUUCAGAAAUCCAGAAACUGGCCAGUUCAACCUCGACCCUUGGAACAAACAUAGGCUCAAUUGGUGAGUCACGUUUCUCGUACUUUUCGAGCGUCCAUUUUCUGUCUGUUCUUCCGUGAUCUUAUCGCGAUUCGGGCUUUUUCUCUUCUUCCUGUCAUUGCUAAGCCGUAGGAAAAUUUCGCCUUUCUAUGCUGGCUUGUUGUCUUUGUAUUUUUUUCUCGCGGUCCUUCUUCCGAGCUCAGACGGCGUGGAUUUCACAUGUUCAUCGAAAAGCAUUGAUACUCGGUUCGGUGUAAAUCAAUCAAACUUUCCUUAACUAGACGGAAAUCUGUAUAUUUUUUGCGCGCACACCCAGACACCCUUUCCCUCUUGCCGUCUCUGACAACCUUUACUGAUGUUUGCUAUUUACAACAGUGCCUCCGCGGCCGGAUCUGUUUCACGCCCAAAACCGAAUCACCAAAUGCACCAUCACUCACAUCUACAGAACCGCAGCCAUGCUCCGGAACCUCAUUCCAUUUCAGUCCCUAAGGAUGUCUGUCAUAUUCGCCAUCACGAUCAUCACCCUUCCGACUCCCAUAAACGUUUAUCGACCUCUAUAUCGCCUCCGCCACAUGGACCUUACCAACACCCUGGGCACCCGCAUUCUCACUCUCAACAUCCCCAUCCCCAUCCCCACCAGCACCAGCACCAGCACCAGCACCAUGCUCGUCAUUCCUUUCUGCCUCUUGCUCCUUCUAACGGUGGUGAGAGAGAGCCGGUCAUCUACACUCCAGAGUCGACUGCCUCUGCUCUCGCUCAUCCUCCACCCAAACGUCGCCGAGCAAAACGGACUGAGGAAGAGCGAAUCCAUUAUUUGAAGAGCGACCCAUACGUCGCUCAAUUUGAGGCGUAUAGAGUGCUUUGUGCGAGCUGCGAUAAGUGGAUUAGGUUGAGACCGAACUCGACGUAUUGUUCUAUCCCAUGGGACGCUCACCGGAAGAGCUGUCUAGCGAAAAAGAUAUCAUCUAAGAAUACAUAUGCUUUGGAAGAGCGCAAUUCCUUGUUUUCGAAGGACCCUGACGUACGCAAGUUCGAUGCCGAGCGUGUUCUAUGUUCCGAAUGCGACCAGUGGAUUGGGAUAAAUUCUGACGACCAUCUUCAGGCCGUACAGAAAUGGCUAGCGCACAAGUCGAGCUGCCAGAAGGUCAGGCCUAGGAAUACUCAGACCGGGAGUGGACCACCUACAUUAUCUCCUGAAGCCGUACCUCAAGCACCACCACCCUCUCACGCCCGUCCAUCGAGUCAACAUCAACAUUCCCCUCACCUUUCAAGGUCCCAACUCCCAUCCUUCCCUCCCCACCCGCCCAAUGGUUCUCCAUCCGUAUCUCAUCCUCAUCCCUCUCUUACACAUCGCCCACCACCCGCCAGUGAGAUUCUAUUUUGGAAAGAAACUCUCAUGCGACGAAGGGCUUUGUCCGUUUCAGGUGCUACACCGGUAGUGGUUGGUGGUGGUGGUGGUGGUGGUGGUGUUGGAUCUUCAGGAACUGUUCCUGUUCCUGUUCCUCAAACUCACAAUGACUCAUCCCGGCCGUUUUCUUCCCCCGAACUCGAAAGACAGAGGGAGAGGAGGAUGGCGACAUACUCUCAGUCGCGACCUCAAGGUUCGUUAAGCCCUUCGCCGACUCCACCGGUUGGUGGGGGUAGUCAAAGUCAGAGUCAAAGUCAGACUAGACAUCCUUCGCCUGGAGAGGGGCCGGGAGGUUCCUGUGUUGGUGUUGGUGUUAAUGAUGUCAAGACGUCAUCGGGUCCUGGGGGGACAAGUGAGGAUAACGGAAACGGAGAGGUACGGCGGAUCGGGGCGAGUUUGAGUCCUCGUGUUCCUACGGUCGCAGCGUUUUCAUCCGCCGGAGUGUCUGGUUCUGGUUCUGGUUCCGGUAGCUUGUCAACUGCUGCUCAAGAAUCGAGAAGGAGGAAUGCUGAACAGCGAGCUGCGACCCUGAGAGCUGAUCCUUUGAUUGAAGAGGUCGAGCCAAAUCGGGUAUUCUGUUCAUUAUGUCAGAAAUGGGUACAGCUUCGACAGGAUAGCAGUUAUUGUGCUUAUCCGUGGUUGCAACAUAGGGGAAAAUGUUUGGUGAGGUACAAACGUCGUACUCAAAAGGCAGAAGAAAUCGCAGAAUUCAAGAGACGUCGAGAGGCUAUGCGUAUAGCAUCUUCAUCUUCCUCGCGUCAUCAUCAUGAAUCCCAUCAUCCCUAUCGACACAUCGUUCCACAUGGACCUCCAUCUCAUCGUGAUCGUGAUUAUCCCGCGGGGCUGCUGACGCCACCGCCGUAUGGUGAUCCCGGAACAUACGAAGAUGAAGAUGUUGAUGAAUCGGGUAGCGAAGGUUCGACGCCAGUUUCUACGGCGAGCAGUGAUCCUGUCGUCGAGUAUUAUUUGAACAAGAGAUCGGAUACUCUCCGUGUUCGUCGCCAUGAUUCGGAGUAUCACCAUCACCAUCAUCAUCAUCCAUACUUCUCGGAGACCGGGUUUCAGUCGGUACCUCCACCGCCUCCACCGCCUCCGCCUUCUGCUGUGUCAUCGACGAAGCAGCGUGGAGGGAAGCAUGUUCCGCAUGUGUAUCGGGGUAUGCGUAUUCCUAAUGAGGGAGAUGUUGAACUUGCUGAGGUUGAUCCUGAUACGAUGGGUGAGGGUGAGGGUGAAAGGAACGUUAAUGUAGUGGAUGGAGAUGGAGAUGUGGAGAUGAUCAGUGGGGAAAAGUCGAGUAGACGUUCAGCGAGGAGACCGGCAAUGUCUAGGAGAAAUUCGGGGUAUCCGUAUGACUCUCGUCCUGGACCACAGCCACCGACUUCUCCUCCGAGGAGACUGUAUGGAGGAGGAGGAGGGAGAAGUACGGCGCAGGUGGUUGUUCCUGCUAUCUCUGCGUACGUUCCGCCUCAGUUGGCGGAUUUGGAUUCUCCUAGUGGGAGGAAACACUUCGUAUUCUCGUCCAUCACCUAUCUCUUCCAAACGACUUAUGAAGCGACGGAUGAUAUGUCGAUCUCUUCGCUCCUGACGUAUCUUAACGCUGCGAUGCCGCCUGAUAAGCAUGAGGACUUUGAUACGGCUGAAGUUGCAAAAGCCGUUGUUGCGUCUGGGGAUAGAGGGAGAUAUGUUCUUGAAGGGGAUUUGGUGAGGAGGCUUUGAAGAGGAGGGUGUUGGUUUCUUGGCACAAGACAUGGGACAAUAUGUAGAUUAUAAGUAUAUCGUUAUGUUUUUUCUUGGGACGGUAUAAUAGAUGCCUGUAUACCGUCGUUAUCGAUUGUCCAGACCUAUCAA